GAAUAGAACACAUCAACCAUUUUCAAAUUAUUCGUCGUUAUCGUCGCACCGACGAAACUCAAUUCGAUCGAAUUUCAAACGAAUAUUUACCAUUUAAUUCUUUUUUUUUUGUUCAAAACUUAAAUUAAAAACGAACUACCAAAAAAGAACAUUCGCUUUGCUGUGGUUUGAAUAUAAAAUCAAGAAAGAAAAAAAAAGAGAAAGAAACAUUUAUUUACACAACUUGACUGUAGUGUGUGCUGUUUUUAUUUCGUUGUGUUAUCAUUGUGCAGUUCAUUUGGGAAGGUUUAGUUAGUUCCUUUUCUCUGUCUCGAAGUUCGUUUCCUGAUGAUUGACUGCAUUCUGCAUUAAAGGCGAACCUCAGAAGAAAAAGUCGAAAUAAUAUCGUAUUCGCAAAUGUACUGGUUCAGCCAACCCGGAAUGUGGAUAAUAUAGGAAUUUUUCUUUUGGAGAAGUCCACGUCGAGAUAUAUUUCAUUAAAUUGUGGUUGAAUCGAGUUAUUUUUUUUUUCUCACAUCGGAUUUACAGUUAUCGAACGACAACAACAUUUCAUUUUUUCAUAUAAAUGGCUUUGGACAGUAAAACAAUCAAAGAAGAAAUACUCGAUAAGGAUAUCUAUGAAGCGAAUGCAAUUCGAGCGAAGGGUCGAACGCCUGAUUCGCCCGAAAGUGUUCGAGCGGUUGCACCACGAUCGCCGAUUUCUCCAAAAGCUCAAUAUACCAGUUUAGCAUUACAGCGUACGGCCAACGGAAGCACAUCACCACCAAUUCAAAAAGGCGGAUCAACCUCACCGCCACAAACAUCAUCGGCACCAUCAAUUCCACAAGCUGCCACACCGAUUCUAUUGACUGAUACAUCCAAAGAACUGAGCAAAUUGCGAAAAUUUUUGGGCGCUCUUUACCAAUUUGGCCAAGACACCAGCACCGAAUGUGGAGACCGUGUUCGCUCUUUAAUAUUGUCACUGGUUAGUGGCGGAUUAUCGACCGAAGCAUUCAAACAAGCUUUACAGGAAUCCGUUAAUUUUCCACUCAGGCCGUACGUGUUACCAUUUUUGAAAUCACAUGUUCCUGUUUUGAAACGAGAUUUAGCGAAUUUAGCAAAGGCCAGCAACCAGUCAAUUUUACAGUACAUUCGAUCGAAUGAGGCCAGCGUUUUUGAGUUUGUCAAUACAUCGGCGGAGAAUACAUCGUCCGAUAUUUUUAUGCCAAAUGAAGGUGCCAAAAAUGGAAGCGAUCGACAUCAGCCGUUGAACGGAAAUUCAAGAUUGCUUUUAAAACGUCGCACAUCUGAAGGAAUUUAUGACCAUCAAAACGGUCCGCCACACGAAUGGUCGGAUUAUUUGCAUCAAUCAAAACGUUCACAUAUAAUGAUGAACACAUCGGCCGCAAAUGGUCAUUUAUUCACAAAUUAUCCUAGUUUAUUUGAUUAUUCAACAGCACCGGCAUCGCAUCUAGAACCAUUUACAAACAGUUUAGACAAGAAUAUAGUAAGAGAAGAGCGCGAUAUGCGCAGUUCAAAUAAUGGCAGUGCAACAGGAACGAGCGCGACAAUACCAUCAACAAGUAGUGAUGUACAUCGGAAUAACGGCAGUGUUGGUUCAUCCGGAAGUUCAGCGGCGGCAUCAACGGUGGUGGCAAAUCGUGGCGAAGAAGAAUGGAAAAAUAUUCACACAAUGCUAAAUUGUAUAUCGGCCAUGGUUGAUAAAACCAAACGAGCGAUUACCAUUCUACAACAAAGAGGUGUUGAAUCGUCAAGUGGUGGUUCACAAACAAAUCAACAACAUGCCGACACAUCAAUUGCCGAAAUAAAACGGCAAACGGAAGAAAAAGUGGCCGAAUUUCGACGAAAUGCCGAAGAGGCUGUCAAUCAAGUGAAACGUCAGGCAGUCAUUGAAAUUCAACGUGCCGUUGCGGCAGCCGAAACACGAGCCAUCGAAGCAAUGGCACAAGAACGAAUUAAAUUGGAGAAAAUGUUUGCUGAUUAUCACAAGAGCGCAACAGAAGAAAGUGCAGAACGUCUAACACCGCCCAGCAUUGGAACGCAAAAUACAUGUUGGAACUGCGGUCGAAAAGCCAAUGAAACAUGCUCCGGCUGUAAUUUGGCUCGGUAUUGUGGUUCAUUUUGCCAACACAAAGAUUGGGAGCAACAUCAUCAAGUGUGCGGAACAACAGUUCGCAUUGAUGUAAAUGGUCACAAGCAUACAACAGCCCGAAAUCCAACCGGAAAAAUUCCAUCGACACGAUCAUCAUCGCCGAUGGCCGUUCAGACUCAACCAUCACAAUCGUCAUCUGCAGCAGCAGCGGCGGCGGCGGCAGCGGCGGCAGUAGCAGCCGCAUCACAAUCAUCGUCAAACAGCAUUACAAGCGCCACUGUUAAAUGACGUCAUAAACUAAAGCGCAAAAUUUACCUGUAGUUAUUUAAAACCUAGUCAAUCGGAAAAGCGAGGAAAAAUGAUUCAUAAUAAAUAAAACAAAAUUCCAGUGUAAUACCAAAUUUUUCUUUGUUUUUUAUUUAUAAGAUUGCAACAAAUCACAGAAAUAAAGAGAAUCGAAUGUCUAUCGCAUGAUAGAGAGCAAUUGCAUUCGAAUCAUUUAUCAACAAAAUUUAAAAUAUUCAUUUGUAGACUGUUGUAGAAUGGGAAUAAAAAAGAAGCGUACAAUUAUCAGAAAUUAUAAAUGAUUAAAAACUCAAGCAAACCACAUUUGCCAAGUCA